AUGUUGUCAAUACUUCGAAAAGCUCGUUUAAAGGAUAAAGAAAUGCGUAUAUUGAUGCUGGGUCUUGAUAAUGCCGGCAAGACGACCAUCGUCAAGCGAAUUAUGAAGGAAGAUGUGACGACAGUCAGCCCGACUCUAGGAUUCAUCAUCAAGACGAUUGACUUUAUGGGAUACAAACUCAACAUAUGGGAUGUUGGAGGACAGAAAACACUCCGAUCCUACUGGAAAAAUUAUUUUGAAAAGACCGACACGCUAGUUUGGGUUGUCGAUGCGACAGAUCGACUCCGGGUUGACGAUUGUCGACAGGAGCUCUCGGGUCUGCUUCUUGAAGAGGUACGGAUGACGUCCCCACCCGCAAUCCGCAAAAUCUUGAGAGCGUCAACUGAACCCGUAUUCCACCAGCGCCUUACGGGAGCUAGUCUGCUGGUAUUUUUAAAUAAGACAGACGUGGAACAUUGCAUGAGCGAGCAGGAGGUUCGAGAACGUCUUGACUUGGAUUCAAUCAAAACACACAAGUGGACUAUCUUGCCAUGCAGUGCAAUGACAGGUACGAAUCUGAAUGAAGGUCUAGAAUGGGUGGUACAAGAUGCCAAGGACCGGCUGUUCCUUUACUAG